UAGAGGCCAGGCCAGCCGUGUAAGAGGAAAGACUUAUCUGGGAGUUUUUACAUUUCAUUCGAAAUGUCAGAUAAAGUAGUAUACUAGUAGAGCAGAUCAAAAUAAUCUUGCCACAGGAAAAAUAUAACUGGAUAACAAUCAAUGCGUACUAAAAACACUGCACUCAGGAGGUGAGUAGAGGAUGGGAAGUAGAUGUACAUACAUACACAAAAUACCUAGGGUGCUAAUAUUCUAAAUUGCAUAAGAUCUCUUGCAAAAACUUCCAUAAACAUCCAUUGUCUAUAAAUAUGUAGGCUUUGAUCACUUAUCCCCUACCUACAGAAUAUUAGUCAUAAUCCACGUGCAAUAAUGGGAUUAGCAUUUUGAAGUGUCCCCGCUCCUCCUGUCCAAACCUUUCAGCGUCUCUCCUGCUUGCUCAGUAGUAAUGUAAUGGCAUUAGGACAAUCCUCUGAGCUGCACAGGUUAUUUUAGGACUCAGCUGUACAAUGCAGACAAUCUAAUGAAAGUGACAAAAACAUGGCGAGAUAAAAAUGAUACAGGAUGAGAUGGUUAUCGACUGGUAACCAAGCUGAGAGUAUGUUGUGUAUUUAAUGUUCUCUGUCAACUUAUGUCUGCUUUUGGGCUCAAUCAGGGCAGAGAUACAGUCUAAACAGCAUGUCCAAACUGGAGUGUUGUGUUAGUGCAAGACAAAGAGACAAUCAGGCGGGGGAUGAGGUGGAGGCACAGAGCCAAGGUGCAGCAUGAGGAAACAGUAUAGUGUUGGCUGAGGCUGGCUUGCUCCCCUCUACAAACCCUAGUUGGAGGGCAGGGGGAGAGAGGGAGGCUAGAGUUUCAUGCACAGCUCUGUACCCAGCAUAUUGUCCUGUCACUGCUGCUUCUGCUGCUGCACCACUCUGCCAGAAAUGUCAGGUGCCUCCUCACCGGUCUCCACAUCACAGUCCUUUUCACACCGCCCCGCCAAUUUAACAACCCAUUUCAGAGCGUGACAGCUUAUUUUUCAGCUGAAAACCCCAGAACAUGGAUAGAGGCAGUGCGUGCUGUGUGAUGAUGUCAAUGCCAGUGUCGUCAUAUUUCCACUGGGCACUGUCUAAGCAGGCUGCUGUGUGUGUGAAAGGUAGAUGAAGUGAUAUCCACUGCACUGAUACACCGAAGCUGAAAACUGCGUGACGGACUGCUGUUGCGUAACAGACGUGCCAGGCGGUAGGUUGGUAGGACGGCAAUCGUGUUUAUCCGCUUGUGAGAAAAAAAUGAGAGGGAGGGAGCGAUGUGAAGAGAGAUGGAGCGGUCGGAGGGGGCGUACGUCUCCUUAACCGGCUCAUGACUGGAGAGAGCUGGCAGCUGUACAGGGCUCUUGAACGCAACCACUCUCUGUAUGUGUGAUAGGAUAGAGGACUGUUUUCACCUCCAUCGCAGUAGUUGACUACUGCGGCCAAAAAAAAUCGGUGAACUUGGCCGACGCUAUUCCUCCUGGAGGGCUCGGUAUGUCCUAGCCAUCGUACCCUGCCGCAGAGAACGCCAUCGGAGAUGAGCCGCACAGACCUGCUGCAGAAGCACAGUGGAAGGAUGGUGUGACAGACACAGAGACAGACAGAGGGACCAGUCACUGCUCACCACUCAGAGGCAGACCAUGGCUCGCAUGCCCCUCCUUUUCCUGGGCUUCUUCCUCUCUUUCCUCCAUUCUUCAGAUGCCCAGAUCAUCAUCGGCUCCUCCUCCUCCUUCUCUCCUCUGGACCUGCCUAUUAAUUCUUCACCUCCACCAACCAAGCAAACAGCUCGAUUCUGGCCCUCUUUACCCCCCAGAGGGCGAAGUGAUGUGCCUAUCAGAGCUACAAUCCGGGAUAGGCUGACAAAUACGAAUACAGUGCAACAGGGGCAAAGAAUGGUACGUCCUACUGCACAGUCCACUCCUUCUUUUAUAUCUGCCCUCUCUACGCAGAACCUCAGCAGCGGACCAAUUUUAACCCAACCAACUGCCUCCAGGCCCAGGACUGACACAGCUAGUUUAGUAUUCAGCAGGGCUUUUGCAAAGGGAGAUGCUACUACAAAAGGACUGACUCCACCUCUGCCCACUUUGUCCUCCACUGCUGUCGCUGAGCCUGCAGCUUCCAAGCCAGUGAUAGCAGGUAAAACAGAGGAGGGAUCAGUCAAAGAGUCAGAGGAUGGUGAUUCACAGGGGUUAGGAUCGGGUAGUACUCCAACAGUGGUGUUUGUGAAGGAGGAGUUACCUGUUCCUCUGCCAACGUUUGACGAUGAAAUGGCACAGUAUCGGCCACAGGCACAGACCGCAGUUUCUGACGUAAAGACACCACCACCGGACAGUCGGAGCGUGAAGCCUCACCUGUUUCUGCUUACAACAGCCAGUAAAGUCUCCACAUCACCACUGACUGAGACAAGAGCCACACCGUCCCCUGUGGUAACACAAGCAACACCUCGGACUGUAGUAUCAGCAGGUGAACUGACAGAAAACAGUCCUCCCACGGACAGAGUUCCUCCAGAGCAGGACUCUGCUGCUGUGACAACUACCACCACUGGCUCUACUGAUAAACAGCCAGAGGCCUCAGGACUUCCAGUUACUGGCCAAAGCCAGAAGAGUUCACAUUCAAACUCCACAACGCCGCAAGUGACAACCACAUCUACUGCUAGUGUGCUUACUACUACACAGGAGGCUGUGAGAACAUCCUCAAAAGCAUCAAAUCAACCCAACAAAACAGCACAACUAGGAAGGAAUACAGCCAGCACAACUUUACAGUCAUCAAAGCCAGGGAGCGCUUCCUUCCUUACCACCGGUGUUGUGCCAGUCACCCGACCAAGGUUUAGCCCCACCUACCAGACGGGUAUUGGGCAGAGGAACCGCUCCAUUCUCCUGGGACAUCCUCACCAAGCUCCCCACUCCACCUCUUAUCCGGCCCCUUCCCCCAGCGCCAAUCCUUCCCUCAAUGGCACGCUUCUCUACUGGGGUGACCUGAGCCGGACGCUGGCUUUCGCCUGGGAGCUGCAUGUCUACGGCUCAGCAAGUCUCUUCCUCCUCUUGUUUGCUGGAGCUGCUCUUGGCCUCACCCUGUCCCCUGGCACAAACUGUCCUCAUCGGGGUGCUCUUGCACUCGCCAAUGCUCUGUUGUUUCUGGCUGGAGGCCUUAGGGCAGCUCUCUUUCUAAUUGACCCCUAUGGCACACGGAAAUUGAUCCCUCGCCCUGCAGUCACAGCCCUCUACAACUUGCCCCUACACCUGCUGGUGUGGACACAUGCUGCCCUGGCACUGCUUGCCUUGAGGGUGGCAGGGAUAAGUGUGUUACCUUCAACUAUGGAGCGUCCUCCUCUGGUGGCUGUGUUGGCAGUGUUGCAGUGUACCCUGCUGCUGGCAGCUGAUAUGCUUUCCCCAGCCCUGUCCCCUGUGGUGCCCGUCACUCUGCAGGUCCUGUCCCUGUGCUGGGGCCUGGCUCUCUGUCUGGGCUUCCUCUGCUAUGUCUUUCCACGUAUACGCUGCCCUCCCAUUCCCCAUCCUGGGGUCCCUGAAGAGGCCAGGAGGAAGGCUUGGAUAGGAAGUAGGAGGAUAAGUGUGAUCCUGGGGAGAGUGCUGGCAGUGUGUGCAGUUUUGGGGGCACUGUGCUGUGGACUGCAUGUUCAUGCCACCUUAUGGCUCUAUGGACUGCUAGGGGACUGGACACACUUUAACUGGGGAUGGUGGCUGGUUCACUUCUGGGCCCGGCUCCUAGAGCUUGCAUGGGGGUUCUCUCUCCUCCUCCUGGGUUCUUGGAUGUUCUGGAGGCCUCAAGGUUGCCGGGGAACGGAGGAGGGUGGACCAGAUUGCAGAGCAGCAGGAGAUGUGCCGUCCCCUGGCCAGUCCGUAGGGUCCACUCAAAGACAUACCUGCUGGUCCAAGAUAGUGCAGAGCUUGAGAGGGAAGCCUUGUAGAAAGUCUGACAGUAAUGGGGUGGGAGGAGGAGGAGGACCAGGGGAGGUGCCUAACAACUGGGCUGGUCAGGAACGUCCUGGAGCUGACAUCAGUAAAAGUCUAAUCAGGAACCAAAACCAUGAGCAGGCCCCUGUCCCGCCACGUAGUGUCAAAGACAGCAAUAGGGGACGCAACCACAGGGGCCACUCUGCAGAACGAGGCGUAUUUGAUGGCUCCACGGGCUCCCUGCUGAGACUGCAGGCGCUAGGCCGGCCUCCACAGCGCUCAGUGAGUGGCAGCCUGGAUCAUGAAAGGGACACUUCCCUGUCUCUAUAUGAGUUUGAUCUGCGGCCCCCCUCGCCGAUAGACCUGACCCGCAGCAUUGAUGAGGCUCUGCACAGGGAACACCUACUCGGAGGAGGCAGCCUGUUCCAUCCUUUCAACCAACCCUCACAGUCCCCCUCCCCGGGUUCAGGGGUCAGUCAGGGGCCCUGGCUGCGGAGGAACAGUGACCCUCAGAUGCUUUCUGAGAGCAGCGAGGCCCCGACAGAGUCGUCCAUGCCACUGGGCGGCAGCGUACUCAGCAGUGUACCCAGCAGGCAGGUGACUGCUCCCCCCACACCUUCCCAUCAGGGUCACAGGUGGGCAGGGAACGGGGUGGGAAGUGUCCCUUCAUCAGUGUCCUGCCCUGUGUCACUUCGUCCCUCCCGAACGUCAACAGGGCAGCUGGGGGAGGAUGGAGUGGACGACACGCGGCCGUUCAUAACGCCGGACUCAGAGAGGGUGCGGAAGGCCGGGAGGCCAGUGGGGUCACGGAGUUACCUGGAGGUCAGCCGACAUGACGACUCUGCCAGUGUCAGCAGUGAAAUUAUUGACCUUUGAACCAAACCAUGGACAUGAGGACCAAUGACUGCACAUCAGACAUACUGGUUUAAACAAAUACUGUUCCUAACCAAGACUUCAACAAAUAUUGGGAAAAUCUGAUCAUUGAACUGCCUACAAAUUAAUGAUUUUUAGAAGAGGGAAAAUAUCAAAAAAGGGACCUGGGUGAUGAACUUAAAGAAUAUCGCCUAGUUGCCUUUUAUCUUGUUAAAGGGUUCAGCAACUGUGUUUGUGGAACAGAUAUGGUAUACCUUUUACUCUGGGAGUAAAACUGGGAGAUAUAGCACAGAUAAACAACACAGCACACUCAUAACUCUCUCCAUCUCUUCCUUGUCAUGUUUUUCUUUUCAAACAUACACACACCUGCAUAACACUGACAUAACCUCAAGUACACUGGGACCAUACACACAUUUCAGCAGGUUCCUCAGCAGGCUCGGUGGUGAUGAAUUUCAGUAAAAAAUAGUAAUAAUAAUGAAUAAUAGUAAUGAAUUCUAUGUCUGAAAACAUAUUUAGCACCACUGAGGGUUUCAAUAAGUUUUAAGGGUGAAAAACAAAUGUGGUUCUAAGCGUCUGCAGGUCCCAUUUCUGUUGUCUCUGUGGAAAAAAGAUGUCUGCAUGUCAACAGUCGUGAAUUUCAUUGCUUUCAUAGAGUUUAUUUGCUGUCUUCCAUAUUUCAGUUUGCUUCGUGAAGUAAAGAUGUGCCAUACAUAACCUUGGUUGUUUCUGCGCUAUUUGCAAUGAUUCUAUGAACCCAUUAUUUGGGUUAACUCUCUAUAGCGUCUUACCAGUAUCAUAGUGACUCAACUAUGGAUUACUACUUCUAAGCUCUUAACAUGCUGCCGCUGUUGUUGUUGUGCAGUCUGCCUUGUAGGUUAAUGUGAAGCUGGUUACAUAAAGAGGCAGGCAGUAAACAAUAGCCAGAGACAUGCAGACACAUGCUUACAUGGUGAAACUGCUGCUGAGGCUUUUAGCUUUCGCUGAAAUUGAGAUUCAAGUAUUCAACUGUGAGGUUAAUGCAUUUCAUCUUGACAUUUAGCUGUAGGACAAAGCUUUUGCCAUAAUUGCAUACAAUUGAAGCCUCUGGCAGCGAUUUUACCGUAUCUAACUAAGAAUAUUAAACAUUCAUGAUCCUAUCAGUUGCAUUGAGUCAAUUCAAACAGUUUGAUCUCUUAUCUAAUUAAAUGCUACACAGCUUUGCAGGGCUGCAACACACAAGUCUGGCUUGGCAUGAACCUCAGACCUCUCAUAGCUAACUCAAUAACAGAGCACUUAACUGUAAGCCUGAGCACUAAACUGAAGUAUUUUACUACUCAAGAGGAAAAUAUCUUUCAAAUAUAUGAUGUAUAAGCACCAAUGUAAAUAUUGUUAUUUUUGAUGUUCAUGAAUAAAGAUGUAUUUGAAACAUAGUCGUAGUUGUUACUGUGAAAGACAAUCUAAAGUGGUAUUGCUUAUGUGUCUGAGCUGUGCAGGAAAUUAUGCUAUUUUGACAGAUUGUGGCCUGUUGAGGACAUGCAGAGCUGUGACAGUGGAUACUUGAAAGUCAAGGACUUUCUGGGCUGUGCUCAGGAUUGUUAUAAUGAUGUAGAACUAAUGGCCAUGGUCUGCAGGGUUUUUAUUUCUACUUUAUUUUUUUACUAUCAUUAAAUGAUGACAAGAGCAUUGGGAAGCAACUAAUAAAACAAACUUGAAGCUGUUUGGUGAUCCUGAAAAUAGCCCAGAGGUUCCCUCCUCAGUCUUACAUUUCCAAAGCUUUGUUCCAAAAUGACCUUCACAAUGCUGAAAAACGAAAAGUGACUUGCCGUCACAGAUUGAUUACUGGAGCGCUAUCUUGGGAUGCUGUUGUGAAUAUGUAAUGAUAAAGUGACAUUUUUCCAAAGUGGAUAAACAUCAUUUUGGAAUAAAACUUAAAAAUUAACUCAUGUCUCUGUUCCUGGUUAGAUCCGGUCCAUGAUUUGUUUUCCGGGUUACCUCAGGGUGACUUGCUGUACCUCCCAGUGAAGUGAGAUAUUUGACUUGUAUUUACAGUACAAUGGCCUUGUGUUGUUGUCAUUCCAAUGAACAUGUAAGAUUUCACUGUAUCGGUACUCGCUGUUACAUCUUUUACUUCAUGACCAGGGUGGUACCUCCAGCACUUGUAGUGUUGUUCCCUCCCCAAAGCAGUAUGUGCCAUAGAAAAUACAAUCCGUCCAGUCUGUAUUCACAGUGCAUAAGUACAGUGUUAGUUUGAUUCCUUUAUUUUGCUCAUUGAACUUUGGUUCCUGUAUUUCUUGCUGCAUUUUGUGUCUGGAUUCAAAAUAAAAUUGAGAAAACUCAA